UCCAGUGCGGUAGGGGGCAGGCAACAGUUUCCGGCUGCCUUCGAAAUUUGGAAGAGAACUGCAACUGUUCUUGCAACGGGGAUAGCGAGCUCUUUCAGUGGUUUGUGUUCGUUGUUGAAUUUAACUGCUGGAAAAAGAUAAAAAAAAUAAAUACAAGAUGACCAAGCUGCAGCUCCUGCACCGCGCGCUGAAUGAGCGCCUGAUGGCGGCGGUGGAGCAGAUCAUGGAGAUGGUCGGCGGGACGGUGCUGGAGUACGAGGAAGAGACGAUCCGAGCACGGAAAGAAAACGAGGUCCUGAGACGGAGGCUCCGGUGGAUGGAGGGGGCAAACCGAGCCGACUGGCCAGGCCCAUCAGAAACUGUUACGCUUUCCACCACAGACGAGGCCAGUCCAUCCCGGCAAGAUGAGGGUGCUGUCAACUUUGGAUGUGGACCGGGAUCAGAAGCUCUUGUGAUCAAAACAGAGUCGACUGAAAUCCCCCUGUGCAGCAUCAGCACAUUACCUCAAAGUAUUGAUCAGGGACCUGAAAAUGCCGGGACAGGCACAGGCAUUGCCUAUGGCCUGGUGGACAGCAUGUCCUGGGACUCUGCCCAAAGUUACAUGGCCCCUCUGGACUUUGAUCCGACGUCAGGCCCCAGUAGGGUCCGGCAUUGGAGAGGACAGAACAGAAGGCAGAGGAUGUCCUUUGCCUGUCCAGACUGUGGUAAAGUCUUUGCAAGUAAACAGAGGCUGAUGGUUCAUAUGCGCAUUCAUUCCACCGAGAGGCCUUAUGCGUACCGCCGGCGCAAGGAAUGCUUCUACGGUGACAACAAGAAAAAGAGGAAGCUGCAAAGGCUCUCUCAGCUGUCAAGAGAAACUGUGGACGAUCUGUCAGAUGGCUCUGAGCAGAUGAACAGGAGUGAAGAAGAGCCUGAGAGUGACCACAACAACAGUGAUAAAGAACCAGAAAAGAGAAUUACCGCCCCUGUGCAGAAACGGCGCAAAAAAAGAGGAGUUGUAAACCAGAUGUGUCGGUGCCCUCAUUGCCCUCAUCGGGUGUUCGCUCGGCCCUGUCAGUUAGCCUUGCACAUGAAGACCCACUCAGUGACAGCCCUUAUCAACCUGCCCGCCCGAGCUCAGUCAGGAACUCAGGAGAUAGUGGAUGUGAAAAGGAAAUUACCCAAGAGGCAAAGAAAAAAUGAUGUGGAGAAGGAGGGCAAAGUUGCUGACAAACGUAAGCUCCAAUGUUCAGAGUGUGGCAAAGUCUUCUUACAUGGUGGCUGGUUUCGUGUCCACAUGAAGUCCCAUAACACCAAAAAGGUUUUAUUACGCAGAAGUCUGCAAAUCAAGACUGAGCGGACUAAAGAAGAAACAACUGUGGCCGUGCCUAAAACUACAGAAGUACAGAAGGUGAAGAAGGUCAAGAAAACACAUGCCUGCCCGCAUUGUGAUAAAGUGUUUACUCGUGAAGGAUGGCUGGAGCCACACAUUCGCACUCAGCAUGGGGAAGUAAGGAAUAGGAGUGAUUACUUUAACUUGUAUGGCAGUGGCCGUACAAGGUCACAACAGCUUGCCACCAAGGAUCCUGAAUGCCACACCAAUUCCACUGAUGACAACUCCAGUGUAUUCAAGACACAUCGCUGCUUUUACUGCAAGCAGCCACAUCAUCGAAUGAUGGAUCAUCUUCAGACAGUUCAUCCUAAUGAACCAGAGGUGGCAAAAGCUCUCACUUUUGACAAGAGCUCACAAGAAAGAAGACAACAUUUGAACCUUCUACAAACUAGGGGAAAUGUUCUAUACAACACAAAUGUGGUUCAAAGUAGUAAACAAGAUUCAAAACCAUUUGAGACGUUUGCAUCGAGUUGUUCAUUUGAUGAUCGAGUUUAUUGCAUCUACUGUUUAGGGUUAUUUAACACAAAGUCUUUUGUUUCGCAUUUAGAGCAGUGUAAGGGCAAAUCUACUCUAAGUGCUGGGGCUAGCUGUGGUGAAAUGCUUCCUAAUGCUGGGCCCAUUCCUCCAACCCCUGCACUUAUUUCCCCCUCUAGUUCAGAAGAGAUUGAUGCUGAUAUAAAACCGUCAGGUUUUCAUUGCCUAAAUACCCUCUGUGAAGCCCUUCCAGACCUCAGCUGCUAUGAACAAACAGACAUCUCAAGUUCAAAUGAGGAGUUUAGAAACAAUAGACAGGCAGAGGGUGCCAUUUUACAAUUCAGACGUUCUCCUGAAAAUGAAGUAGGUUACGAAUUGAAGUCAGAUAAUUCUCUCAAUCCAAGCACUGGUCAAGAAUCCACAGACUAUAAGAAUAAAGGAGUAACUUUUUUUCCAAAGUGUGAUGUUGAUCAAGAAAGUGCUAUGACACCAAGAUCGUACACAAGCUCCAUCGGUCCUCACCCAGAAUACGACGUUCUCAGAAAUGAUGAUCCACAUGAUGAUUUCCGUCCACCUCAAAAUGCCCAAACUGUGUGUAAUGACACACCCAAGAGUAGAGUGAAAGUCCAAACUCGUACCACAGGGAAGAAGAGGAGGAAGAGGCGCUCGCGUGUCCAUAAUCUGUCACUGCUCAUGGAUGAUGACUUGCUGGCUGAAGGAGAAAUGUCCAACUCAAAACAACAUGUCUGCCAGCACUGUAAGGCAACUUUUGGCAGUCCAUACACGCUGCGAAGACAUGAAUACACUCACACGGGUGAGAGGCCAUUCUGGUGCCAUCAGUGUAAUGUGGGCUUUAUCCAGAAGUAUCGACUUUUAAAGCACACAUUUGCUUGCCAUGGGGACACACCAGACCAGGGAAAACCAAAAAGAGCAAAGAGAUCAAUUCAAGAUGAAGAGACGUCAGUAAGGGAUGAAGCUAGUAUAGAGCCAGCAACAAAAAGUCUUGAAGAUUUACCAAAUGCUGUUACAGAAGACACUGGGGGGAAAGUUACAGACACAAGGCAAGCUUGUAACUUUUUUUGACGGAAGAUGUUUUUGUUUCAGACAUCGAGCUGAGAGAGUUCCAUUGGAGGAAAGCAGAACACAGUUCCGUCAAAGACCAUGACACAGAUCGCUAGAAGUUAUUGUUUACAUAUUAGUGUAAUGUUUUUUUUUAAUGUAAAUAUGUUUUAUGUAUCAAUCUGAUGGAUUCAUUACUUUUAUGGAUCGAUUAAUUUUAGCCCACUCUAUUGUACAGAUCAUAGUGUAUGUUUAAUCAUUUAACUUCAGAUUGAGAAUAAAAAAGUUAGAGGAA